AUGCCCGAAGGGGCCUCGGUCGUCGUGGCCGACUACGACCUGGAAGGAGCUAAAAAGGCCUGCCAAACCCUGAACGACGCCGGAGGAAACGCCGUCGCCGUCUAUUUCAAUGCGGCGGAACUGGAAAGUUCGCGCGACCUGGCGGCGCAUACGCUGAAAAAUUUCGGCCGGAUCGACGUGGUCGUCAACAACGCCGGGUAUGCCGAUCCCAAACGGGACGCCGACCUGCUGCACGCCGACCUGGAUUAUUCGACGAAUCGCCUGGAUGACGGCCAACGGCGGCGGCGCGAUCGUCAACGUCGCGUCGAUCGGAGGGUUGACCGGCAACCUGACGGGCGCUAUUACGGCAUCUGCAAAGCCGGUUCGGUCAACUUCACGCGGUACGUAGCCACGCAGUACGGCAAAGCCGGCGUGCGAUGCAACUGCGUCGCGCCGGGACUGGUGUUGACCCCAGCGGCCGAACGGUCGCUGACCGACGAGUACAAGGAACUGUUCAUCGCGCACAAUGCGGUGGAUUACGCCGGGCAGUCGGAAGACAUCGCCGGAGUGAUCGCCUUCCUCGCUUCCGACGACGCCCGUUACGUGACCGGGCAGACGGUCGUGGCAGACGGCGGCUGCACCUGCCACAAUCCGACGGUCAGAGACAUGCGCGCUUUUGCGGAAGGACAGACUACGUUCAAAUAA